AUGCUUUAGGUGUAGUAGGAGGUGACCUUACUGAAGUAUUACAGAAUUUUUUGCUAUUUGCUUUCAUUUCAGAAAGGCACAUUUGAACAGUUUGGUAAUGAUUUCAAGUUUGCUUAGCUCGACGUGUUGAUUUUGAUCGAGGGCUUUAUAGAGUUGCUGCUCGAAGAGGAAACUGUAGAAUAUAACUAUAAUGGCAGAGGCUCAGCAGGCUCGAGUGCAGAAUGCAGUGGAGGAGAUGGUACAGAACCUGGAGAAAGAGCACAUCCGAAAGAUGCAGGGCCGCAUGUUCCGCUGCAGUGCAGAGUGCUGUGAGCAUCCUGGGAACUCCAUGAAUCAGGUGCAUCAGUGUAUCGAGCGCUGCCACACACCUCUGGCUAAAGCCCAAGGCCUGGUCACCAGUGAACUCGAGCAGUUUCAGGUCAGUCUGU